UAAGAAAAAAAAUUCAUAUACUUAUUUGCAAAGACGAUAUCAGCAGCUAAAGUGUGAGAAGGAGAGAAAAGGAAAGAGAGAAUUCCAAUAAGAAGCAUAUUAAUUGAAUGAAAUAAUAUAAAUAUACAUAAUAGUAAUAAACUCAAAAAGGAAAGAAGGAAGAGAUACAACAGCUAAUAAGGAAUACAUAUAUUGGGAAUGAGAAUACUUAAAUCUAUAAUUACGCUAGUAGUUAACAAAUAUAACUAAGCCAUAUAAAGGAUCAAGAGCAGCAUUUGCGGCAGCAACAAACAAACUUUCAUCUUAAUAUAAUUAAAUUCAAGCAAUAGAUACGAAACAACUCGUGUGUGCAACGGCGGGCGAUUUUUCUUAAGAUCGAACGACGCUGAAAACGCACACAUAAAAAUUUACAUUUAUACUGGCUCGUAACGGUGAAGCGCGGGGGACAACAGAAUCUCCCGAUACACCUGACGGUGGUCAGUCAUCAUCGUGUUGGUGGGUAACAAUGGGGUGUUUUGGUUCAGCUAGUUCGAAACAGGCAGAUUCAAAUAGUACAGAUGACUCGAAAAGUCAAAAAAGGAGGAGCGAUGCUAUCACAAAGCAACUACAAAAGGAUAAGCAGGUUUACAGAGCAACACAUCGAUUGCUCUUGCUUGGCGCUGGUGAAUCAGGCAAAUCAACAAUCGUUAAGCAAAUGCGUAUUCUUCACGUGAAUGGUUUCUCUGAUACCGAGCGCAAACAGAAAAUUGAAGACAUCAAGAAAAAUAUACGCGAUGCAAUAUUGACGAUUACAGGUGCUAUGAGCACUCUAACACCUCCAAUAUCAUUAGAGAAACCUGAAAACCAAGCAAGAGUAGACUAUAUUCAGGAUUAUGCUUCAAAUCCUGAUUUUAACUAUCCACCUGAAUUUUAUGAGCACACGGAAGAGCUUUGGAAAGAUUCUGGCGUACAACAAACUUUUGAACGAUCCAAUGAAUAUCAACUAAUUGAUUGCGCAAAAUAUUUCUUGGAUCGAGUUAGUGUAGUAAAGCAACCUAAUUAUACACCAUCAGAACAAGAUAUUUUAAGAUGUCGUGUCCUGACAUCGGGUAUAUUUGAAACCAGAUUUCAAGUGGAUAAAGUUAAUUUUCAUAUGUUUGAUGUGGGUGGUCAACGAGACGAACGUCGAAAAUGGAUUCAGUGUUUCAAUGAUGUAACUGCAAUUAUUUUUGUGACUGCAUGUUCUAGCUAUAACAUGGUGUUGCGCGAAGAUCCGACACAAAAUAGAUUAAGAGAAUCAUUGGACUUAUUUAAAAGCAUUUGGAAUAAUAGAUGGCUUAGGACUAUCUCAGUUAUUCUAUUUCUAAACAAACAGGACUUACUAGCUGAGAAAGUAAAAGCACAAAAAAGUAAAUUAUCUGACUAUUUUGCUGAAUUUAAUAGGUAUCAAACACCAGCGGAUGCAUUGAUAGAGCCAGGAGAUGAUCCAGAAGUGAUUAGAGCUAAAUAUUUUAUUAGAGAUGAAUUUCUGCGCAUAUCAACAGCGAGUGGAGAUGGUAAACAUUAUUGCUAUCCACAUUUCACAUGUGCAGUUGAUACAGAAAAUAUUAAGAGAGUGUUCAAUGAUUGUCGAGACAUUAUUCAGCGAAUGCAUUUACGCCAAUAUGAACUUUUAUAAAUUUAUUUUUCUAUGAUCAUAAAGUGGAUAUAUAUAAAUAUAUAUUUAAAAAAUGAAAAAUUAAGAAAAAAAUGAGUAUAAAAAUAAUUUAAAAAGAAAAAAAAUAAUGGAAAGCAGUGAAAUACUUCUUAAGAGAUAUAAAAAAAAACUUCAUACAGUAUGAAAGAUGCAAAAAAAAACAUAAUAAUAAUAAUAUAAAAUGAAAUUAAGUCAUCAGCACAUGUAUAUCCAAGAAACACAGAUUCUUUUCCAAAAAUAAAUAAAUAAAGUAUGAAAUGGUAGAUUCAACUGAUAAGCAUUUACACACACAAACAAAAACAUUAUGAGAGAGAGAGAGAAGAAAAUUCUACCGAAGAUAAAAACAAGCUAAGUAAUAAAAGAUUCAAUAAACGUACACCA